CGAGCCGAGCCCAGGCAGCCGCCGGUCCCGCUCCGCCGCCAUCGCCAUGAGCUUCUUGUUCGGUAGUCGCUCUUCCAAAACCUUCAAACCAAAGAAGAAUAUUCCAGAGGGGUCCCACCAGUACGAGCUGCUAAAACAUGCCGAAGCCACGCUUGGAAGCGGUAAUCUCCGGAUGGCCGUUAUGCUGCCAGAGGGUGAAGACUUAAAUGAAUGGGUUGCAGUUAACACUGUCGACUUCUUCAACCAGAUCAAUAUGCUUUAUGGAACCAUUACGGACUUCUGCACAGAGGAGAGCUGCCCCGUGAUGUCUGCUGGCCCAAAAUAUGAGUACCACUGGGCAGAUGGGACAAACAUAAAGAAACCAAUUAAGUGCUCUGCACCAAAGUACAUUGAUUACCUGAUGACUUGGGUCCAGGAUCAGCUGGAUGAUGAAACGCUAUUUCCUUCUAAAAUAGGUGUACCAUUCCCAAAGAAUUUCAUGUCAGUGGCAAAGACAAUUUUAAAGCGUCUCUUCAGAGUUUAUGCUCACAUUUAUCACCAGCACUUCGAUCCAGUGAUCCAGCUACAGGAAGAGGCACACCUUAACACUUCUUUCAAGCACUUUAUAUUUUUUGUUCAGGAAUUCAACCUUAUUGAUCGAAGAGAACUUGCACCACUUCAAGAACUGAUUGAAAAACUCACCUCUAAGGACAGAUAAAAGGAAGAGGAUUUCUUGAAGUCACUUGUUUCUUUAAGCAAGCGUGUGGUAUUUGUUUUUUGUUCAUUUGUUUUUUUUUUUUUUUUAAAAAACAAAACGAAAACCUGUGCUGUUACUAAUGACAGCCAAGAUCUACUUUCUGUGCUUUUAUUAGGGGAAAACUUUUAUCUGUUAGUGACACGUGGUAA